AAGUACUUACUUAUCAUCUCUAGAAAUCUAAAUAAAAAUGAACCGUCACGAGCAACUACAAAUUCAUACCCUCUUGUCUAAAGGCGCUCUCAGUGAUUCAGGGUCAAGCGACCAUUCGGACGAUGAAGAUGAGAGUUAUUAUUUGCCUGAUAACUGUCUUCAGUCAGCUUCUGUUUUACAAAGCAAAGGCGAAGGCGACCAUAUUCCAGGUGGGAAAUCCCACCCAGGAGUUGAGCAAGUAGAAGAGAGCAAGAAGGUAAGUAUUUCAAACCCAAGUAUCCUUGAUGAAGGAGAGACAGGGGCGCAAGCUCCUAUGGAAAUCCCAUCAUCAAAAGAUGACGAGGGGGAAAACCUUCAAGAUCUACACUCUACUCCGCACUACAACCAUCAAUCUAAGAAAAACUCAAUCAUAUAAAACAAUUUCAAAA